AUGGUUGCUUUUGGUAUGGUUCCAGUCCUCACCCAGAAGAUCGGAGCCCCAUUGUCUCUUGGCAUAAAUGCGAUUCUUCUGCAGUUGGUGUGCCACAAGUCACCAAAAGAAAUCGGAAUGUACAAGUACCUUUUAUGCUACAUUUCAGUGUUUGAAACUGCUUUUGCAUUUCUAAAUGUUUUGAUUCAACCAGACUUCUUCAGUCACAGUACUGUAUUUCUGGUGGUGGUUCGAACUGAUCGAAUGAACCUUCCAUUAUGGUUCAUUUACAUUGCAGAUGCUCUGUUUUGUGGAAUGUUUGGAAUGUCUAUGGCACUAUUUGCUCUCCAUUUCAUUUAUCGAUAUCUUGUUAUUACUGGAAACCCCUAUGUCAAAACGUUCUCUUGUUCGAAAAUAUUCUUCUGGUUGGUAUGCCCUCUUUUGUAUGGAACUUUGUGGAUUACUGUAGUUCUCAUAACGCUCAAUCCUAAUAAGUCAUCAAAUAUACUAUUGAGCGAUCACUUCCUUUCCGGGAAGGAUCUGGUCAUUGAAGAAAUUACGUAUGUUGGGCCUAACUAUUAUAUAACUGACAAUGGCGAUGAGUCUCUCAAUUGGCGCGGAAUAAUCGGAACGAAUGGAAGUUGGAGUUUGUGCAUAUUUUCAGACUCUGUAACAACUAGCAAACGGAAGUCUGCACAGAAGAAACUGAAAAGAAUCAAAUCAGUUACUGCCAAUAUUGCUAAUGUGGAAAACUAG